AAAUUCGUUGAACAUCUUUGGUCCUAAAGCAAGAACAAAGAUGGGUUUGAGCCGUUUUGCGAUCACAAAUGCAACAAAACAGAUAUUGAAGCUAAACAGAAACCGAACAUCAUCAUCAUCGGAUCAUGUCCCUAAAGGGCAUAUGGCAGUGUACGUUGGCGAACAGAUUGAGAAGGAGAAGAAGAGAUUUGUGGUUCCAAUUACGUUUCUGAAUGAUCCUUCCUUCAGAGAAUUCCUUAGUCGAGCAGAGGAAGAGUUUGGAUUCAAUCAUCCAAUGGGUGGCUUGACCAUUCCAUGUAGAGAAGAAGUGUUUAUUGAUCUCAUCGCCUCUCGGUUUCAAUAAGUGAAGUUUGAUUCAUUUUAGUAGAAUUGUAUUUAUAGAGAUCUUACAAAUUCGUUCUUGAGAUAGAGGAUGUAUCUUUCGUUUCUUUUUCCCAUGUAUUAUUAUGUUUUUGUUGAACAUGGAGAAUCAGAAAAAAAAUUAUGUAAGUCUAUAGUCUUAAGUUCUUA